AAUCGGUCACUGAGUUGCGAAAAUAAAAUAUUAUAGAUAAAAGUUCAAACAGAAAUGAGCGCAGAAUAAUACUGUACCAAAAGUCAAGCAUAGCAUUUAAAUAAAUUAAUCAAAACAGUCAAAAUUAUCACAUACUGAGAUCAAAACUAUUGCAAACACACCAGAAAUAAGUGCAAAAAAAAAUAAUAACAAAUCCUAAGUCGACAACGCGCGCCAAGGCGACCAAAACAAAAGUCAUGCGGAUAACUUGUUAUAUACUUGUGCUUUUGCUGUUAUCACAUCUUGAUGCCGCUCUGGGCGAAGUCUUCGACACACAUCUGCGCGGUCCCGGCUUCGUCAUGGAACCGCCUGGUCGGGUGGAGUUCUCUAAUUCGUCUGGCGGUUGGCUCGAUUGUUCGGCGUCCGGCAGUCCACAGCCCACCAUUGACUGGGUGCAUGCCGACGGCACUGCAGUGUCGGAGAUUCAUGGCGUACGUCGUGUACUGCGCAACGGCACGUUGGUAUUGCUGCCAUUUCCGGCGGCGGCUUAUCAUCAGGACGUGCACAAUACGAUUUAUCGUUGCAUCGCCAGCAACAGUGUGGGGCGCAUCGUGUCGCGGGAUGUGCAAGUGCGUGCCGUUGUCGCACAAGCAUACAAAGUGGACGUCGAGGUGCUGUCUGCCGCCCGAGGAUGCACCGCCAUUCUGCGUUGUGUAGUGCCGACGUUCGUUAAGGAAUUGGUGCGAGUGGUCUCGUGGGUUCAUGAACCCGCUAUCUACAUUUAUCCAUCGCUGCAAGGAGAUGGCAAAUUUCAUUUACUGCCCACCGGUGAAUUACUUAUUCACAAUCUACAGGAGAGCGAUGAGUCGCAAUCGUUUCGCUGCCGUAGCAUGCACCGGCUAACGCGGCAAGUGGUUGUCAGCUCGCCAACCCGUCUCAGGAUUAAUUCUCACCGUGGAAUCAUUUCACCGAGUGUCGUCGAACACACAUCUCACGUACAAGUUUCACAAGAUGAGGGUGCUGUGCUCUUAUGCGUCGCUCAGGGAUGUCCAUCGCCAGAGUACAAUUGGUACACGCAUAACGGCCCCGGUCCACUACCAGUUCUCAGCGGACCACGCGUGCGCCUACUCGGCCCCAUACUUGCCAUCGAAGCGGUUACUAGCGAAGAUUCGGGUGUCUACAAGUGCACCGCUAGCAAUGUCGGCGGUGAGGCAAGCGCAGAACUACGCUUAUCCGUAGCCACACCCAUACAAGUGGAGAUCUCACCCAAUAUAUUGAGUGUACAUAUGGGCGGCAACGCGGAGUUUCGGUGCAUUGUCACUAGCAACGGCAGUCCGGUAGGCAUGCAGAAUAUUCUUUGGUACAAAGAUGGACGACAGUUGCCGUCGUCGGGGCGCAUUGAGGAUACGUUGAUGGUGACGCGUGUGAGUCGUGAGAAUCGUGGCAUGUAUCAGUGUGUGGUGCGGCGACCCGAAGGCGACACCUUUCAGGCGACAGCGGAAUUGCAAUUGGGAGAUGCACCGCCAGUGCUGCUUUAUAGCUUCAUCGAACAAACAUUGCAGCCGGGACCGGCUGUGAGCUUGAAAUGUUCAGCAGCCGGAAAUCCAACACCGCAAAUUUCAUGGACAUUGGACGGAUUUCCACUCCCAUCAAACGGAAGAUUUAUGAUCGGACAAUACAUCACUGUCCAUGGCGAUGUAAUUAGUCACGUCAACAUUAGCCAUGUCAUGGUGGAGGAUGGCGGCGAGUAUUCGUGCAUUGCGGAGAAUCGGGCGGGAAAGGUUCAACAUGCGGCACGUUUAAAUAUUUAUGGUCUACCCUACAUCCGUCUCAUACCGAAAGUCACUGCCGUGUCGGGUGAAACCCUAAACUUGAAGUGUCCCGUUGCCGGCUACCCCAUCGAAGAGAUACAUUGGGAACGUAACGGCCGCGAGCUGCCUGAUGACAUCCGGCAACGCGUUCAACCGGAUGGCUCGCUGACCAUCACACCGGUGCAGAAAAAUACCGAUUCGGGUGUCUACACAUGCUGGGCGCGUAACAAGCAGGGGCACAGCGCGCGUCGCAGUGGCGAAGUCACAGUCAUAGUUCCACCCAAAUUGAGUCCCUUUCAGACGUCCAUUCUACAGCUAAAUAUGGGUGAUCGCGCAUCACUCACUUGUUCGGUGGUGAAGGGCGAUCUGCCGCUGACCAUCUCCUGGCGCAAGGAUAACAGACCCAUCGAUCCCAUACAGCAUAUGUCCGUGAAGCAGGUGGACCAGUACAAUAGCAUUUUGGUUAUAGAAACCCUGGGUUCGGAUCACACUGGCAAUUAUUCGUGUGUCGUGCGAAAUUCAGCGGCGGAAGUGGAGAACUCGCAAGCUUUGCUCGUCAAUGUGCCGCCACGUUGGAUUGUUGAACCGACCGAUGCGAAUGUGGAACGCAACCGACACAUCAUGUUGCACUGUCAGGCGCAGGGUGUGCCUACGCCGAGCAUUGUUUGGAAGAAGGCUACAGGCAGUAAGUCCGGCGAAUAUGAAGAAGUGCGUGAGCGGCCUUUUACCAAACUACUAACUAACGGAUCACUGCUGCUGCAACACGUUAAGGAGGAUCGUGAAGGCUUUUAUCUAUGCCAAGCGAAUAACGGCAUCGGCACAGGCAUGGGAAAAGUGAUACAAUUAAAAGUGAACUCAUCGCCGUACUUCUCAUCCACUUCACGCUCGGUAAUGGUGAAAAAAGGUGAUACAGCACUUCUGCAAUGCUCCGUCAGCGGUGACAAACCCAUUAAUAUCGUUUGGAUGCGUUCGGGCAAGAACACACUGAAUCCAUCAACAAAUUACAAAAUUUCGGUGAAGCAAGAGGCCACGCCCGAUGGUGUUUCUGCUGAGCUGCAAAUACGCAUGGUGGACGCGAGCGAUAGUGGGCCGUAUUUCUGCCGCGCCAGCAAUCUCUAUGGCAAUGAUCAGCAAUUAGUGCAACUGCAGGUACAGGAGCCGCCACAACCGCCCACUGUUUUGGAGGCGGCGAUGAUUUCGAGUCGCUCGGUGAAUUUGAAAUGGCAGCCGAAGACAAUGAACACAGCCGAUAUCUCGAAAUAUAUUGUGGAAUUCAAGGAAAUGGACCCACUCUUCAUCGAACAAUGGCAACAUGUUGAGGUCAAGGAUCCACCCACCUAUACCGCACUAAUUGAAAAUCUGAAACCCGCAACCCGCUACUCUUUUCGCGUGAUCGCUGAAGGUACUGCCGGACGCAGUGCGCCGAGUCAGGAAUUGGUGGUACGCACUGAACCACAACGGCCAGCCGGACCGCCGCUAAAUCUCUCCGUGCGGCCGUUGUCGUCUACAGAGCUGCUCGUUAGUUGGUUGGCGCCGUUAGUAGAGCUGCGCCAUGGCGAUAUACAAGGCUACAAUGUUGGCUACAAACUGGCCAGUUCGGGCAACUCGGCUUACAACUUUACUUCAGUGUCGGGUGACGGUGAUGGUGGCACUGGAGAGCUGUUGCUGAGUAGCCUACAGAAAUUCGCACGUUACAAUGUAGUUGUGCAGGCUUUCAAUCAAGUUGGGCCCGGACCGCUUUCAGAGCCUGUAUCGGCACAGACCAUGGAGGAUGUGCCAAGUCGGCCGCCUGAGGAUAUCCGUUGUGCUGCAUUGACCUCGCAAUCGUUGCAAGUUUCCUGGCAACCGCCACCGAUAUAUCACACUAAUGGCUUACUGCAGGGUUAUAAACUCAUUUUCGAGCCCAUACUCGAUGACUUCUCACUCAACAAGGACGAGGUCGAGUCGCGUAAGACCACCGCGCUGACCACCGUGUUGACGGGACUACGUAAGUACAGCAACUACAGCAUUCAAGUGUUGGCACAUACACGCAUGGGCGAUGGUGCACUCUCCAAUCCUCUCUACUGUCACACCGAAGAGGAUGCGCCUGAAGCGCCGGCUGAUAUCAAAGUGGUCGUUAGCACACCGCAGUCUUUGUAUGUGUCGUGGCUGCCACCGACCGAACCGAAUGGGGUCAUCACAAAAUAUAAUCUUUAUAUGCGCGUCGUAAACGGACGAGAGGAGCUGAAUAACGAAAAACGUAGUCUACCGUCACAGCAAGUGCACUUCGAGGCGAAGAAUUUACACCCGCACAUCGAAUAUCAGUUUUGGGUUACCGCAUCGACGCGUGUCGGUGAGGGCAAGAGCUCACGUGUUGCAUCACAAAUCACAACAAAUCGUGUGCCAGCACGCAUUGUCUCCUUUGGCGGUCCGAUAGUGCGACCAUGGCGUUCAACUGUCACAUUGCCUUGCACGGCGGUUGGUAAGCCGAAACGUGAGUGGUACAAAGCGGAUACCCCGUUGCGACAGGGUGGUCUACAUAAUUCUCAACUACUCGAUUCGGGCGAUUUGAUUAUUUCGAGUUUACAAAUUUCGGAUAGUGGUAACUACAGUUGUCAGGUGGACAAUGGCAUCGGCACGGACCGUCUCACCCAUGUGCUGCUUGUACAGGUACCACCGUCGGCGCCGGUACUGUAUGUGACCAGCGCCACAUCGAGCAGCAUCCUUAUGCAUUGGAAAUGUGGUUUCACUGGCAAUGCACCCAUCACCGGCUACACACUCUUCUAUCGACGUGCCAAUAGUAAUAUGGAUGAGAUGCUUUUGUCACGUCAUGCGUCGAGUCAUGAACUGAAGGGCUUGGUCUGCGGUAGCACUUAUCAAAUUCAUUUGACGGCGCACAAUAAAGUUGGCACCUCACCGGCCAGCAUCACCUUGCAUGUGCGCACGCAAGGCCAGUCACCCGGAAUGCCUUCAACUACUAGUUUGAUUUCGCCGAACUCUACCUCUGUGCUUGUACGGCUGCACACAUGGCCAGACAAUGGCUGUCCGAUUCUUUACUUUGUCCUACAAUAUCGGCCGGUAACUGACGAGGCGGAACGUGACUGGAUAUUGGUAUCGAACGCUUUGAAACCGCAACGUCGUUUCACAAUUUCCGGUCUCCAGCCAUCGACGCUCUAUCAACUGCGCAUGGAGGCACAUAAUGUGGCCGGUGUGUCGCAAGCCGAAUUCACAUUUGUCACACUCACCAAGGACGGCGAGCAGCCACCACCGGAGAUUGUGCAGCGCGGCCAACGGGGCACGAAUGUGUUCUAUGGAAAUGUGAAUCUAUUGAUACCGAGCAUUGCCACAUUGUCGGGCAUGAUUUGCACAAUUGCGCUGGUGGUCAUGUGCUAUCGACAUAAACAAGGAAAUCGCAUACAAAAGGAAUCACUCGAGAAUCGACAGAACUCGGAGGCCGCGCAACGGGAGCGCUAUUAUGCCACCAUUCACAAAGUGUCGAUGCAGAAUAACGACAAAAUACCCGAAACAUCGGAGGAUAUAUCACCGUAUGCCACAUUCCAAUUAUCCGAGACGGCCAACAUGUCACAGCCACAUCAUGCCGGUCCGGCUAAUACGCUUUUGCAUUCAUUCAUGUAUCAUGAGCGUGCCUUGACGGAGGGCUGCUCGUCUCCACCACCCGCAGCGUCAUCGAAGAAUCGGCGACGCCACUCGCGCAAAACAGAACCGGAGAGCGAGGAAUCCGAAUCGGAUCAGGAUCAAUUGACUUCAAGUCGCACGGAAUCAUCAAAUCAACAUGAGGGCAAAAUUAAACAUAGUAUCAUCUACCAUGGAGCACAAUCAAGCACAUCCUCAGAUCUAUCACCAAUGUCCGAACAAAAAUCAUUGCCACGUCGCGGUCGUUCAAGGUACCAUCAUCAACAAUAUCAGUUUUCCACAAAUACCACACCGCGCCAUCAUAACAGUAGCAAAAACAACAACAUGAACACCACAUCCGCAAAUAAUUCGACUAAGAUACUAUCACCACGCGGUGCCGGUGUUGGCGGCGGUGGUGGUGGUGGUGUUAGUAUUAGUGGUAGUGGCAGUGGUGGUGGUGGUAGUGGUUGUGGUGGUGGUGGUAAUCUAAAAUCAAUUUCAAGUACAUUCAAAUCACAAGACUCCAUACAGUGUCAUAUACCCACGCUGGUCAAGUCACCGUCUGUUACACAGCAACAACAUCAGCAACAACUACAGAAACAUCAAUUACAACUACAACAACAACAACAACAACAGCUACAACAAAAGACCAAUUCAGUCACCACCAAUGCAACCACAAAUAGUAGUCUAAUAAAUAAUACUAACGUUAGUAGUUGUAGUAGUAGUAACAUCGCCACCUCCAAUAAGCUAAGCAAAAUAUCACACCAACAACCCCUUUUGAUCACCCCAAAAUUAGCACAUCAUCAUCCUCAACAGCAUCACAAUUUGAUCAGCGCCCCAUUACCCCCCAGUCAACUCAAUCAACCCGACACAACCACCGACCUGUUAGAUAACAGUUGUAACAAUCCCAUUGCAUCACUCGGACCAGUCACUUGCAUGCCAUCGUCACAAUUUCGCCCCAUUCCCCAUAAGACGGUGCCCGCCUCGGUGGGUGGCGGACAUGCCAAUGGUGGGGGUGAGGGUGUCGGCACUAUUUUAAAUCCAUCUACAGCACCCCUGUCGUCUAAGUUCUUUUCGGCCACAACUCUGCCCAAAUAGGAUACGGCCAAUGGGGGUAGUUUAGACCUCGACGGUAGUAGUUUAAUGAGUAGUCUCGGUUAUGACAGUGAGAUAUCAUGCACCUAUAUGGAUCCCAUAGAUCAAACAUGAGAUUAGUGGAUAGAGGGGUUAGAGGGGGGUGAACUUAAAGUAGAAUUGUAUUAGGUUCAGGGGACGUGCAGUCAUAGGGAGGGAGGACUUAAAUUGUAUAUGGUAUAGAUGUAGCUGGUACUAGUUGGUAUAGAUAGUAAUUAUAUGUGUACAAAUGAAAGGGAGAAAUACAAAUAGUGGAGAAAUUACUUAACUUCGCAUAAAUUUUAGCUCCUUUUGUAAAUAUUUACUGGAAAUCAUUUACUUCUCUACCUUUUUGUACACAAAACCUAAUUUUUCGAAUAAAGUCGGGGUUGGCAAUGAAACUGGAUUAAAAAUACAUUUCCCCAAAUUGAAAGUAAUAAUUUUAUUCAAUUAUUUUACUAAUAAUAGAUCAUUUAAUUAAGAGCCGGUAAAUUUUUUAAGUGCCAA